AUGGAGGCUUCCAAUAAGCAGUCUGCUACCAAGUCAGACCUUGAGCUCCAGGCCAAGGUUUCUGGAACCGAGUAUAUCGACGACAAGUCCCAUGCUAUCAUCACAGAUCGCCAAGCUGAGCAUGAUCUUACUUUCAAGCAAUGUUUCCAGAGGCACCCCAAAGUAAUUCUUUGGUGUUUCUACUGGUCAAUUGCUGCCAUCGGAUGGGGUUUCGAUGCUCAGAUUAACGGCGCCAUGAUCUCAGUUGCCUCUUUCCGACGCGACUUUGGAUAUGUCGAAAACGGCGAAGCGAUCCUCCCUGCCGAUUGGCAAACAGCUUUUAACACCAUCAGCUCCGUCGGCGGCUUCUUUGGCGGUUUCAUCUGCUCCUGGCUUUGCGACAAAGUCGGCCGAAAGAACUCUCUCGUCAUGGCACUCCUCUUGGCUACUGGCGGUACUAUCGGAGAAUGCAUGUCCAACAACAACGUUUCUUUCCUCAUGUCCAAGCUGAUCCUUGGUUUCGCCCUGGGUUUCUUCCUGACCCUUGCACCGCUCGCAACAUCCGAGAUCUCGCCUGUUGUGCUACGUGGUAUCGCGACAGCAGGUGUCAACCUUGGUAUUGCGAUUGGUCAAUUGGUUUCCAACGGCGUCAUCAAGGCUUUCGGUGAGAGGACUGACCACUGGGCUUGGCGAGGUGCCUUUGCCACUCAGGGUAUCUUUAUCGUCCUUUUGGCCGUCGGUCUUCCCUUUGCCCCCGAAACACCAUGGUAUCUCGUUCGAAAGGGCAAGGUAGACGAGGCUAGAAAGUCCAUCAUCUCACUUUACGGUUCAGAAGUCGAUGUCAACGCCAAGCUUGCCACCAUUCAGGAGACCAUCGCCGAAGAGCAAGCCAUGUCAACUGAAGCGCCAUCUUGGGCACAAUGCUUCAAGGGAACCAACCUUGUUCGAACCACGACCAGCAUGGGUGUUUUCAUCUGCCAACACUUUGUCGGUAUCAUCUUCGUCCUAGGAUACUCAACUUACUUCUUCCAACUCGCUGGCCUCCAGACUUCUCGCAGUUUCGAUCUGGGCGUUGGAGUCACAGCAUGUGGUGUCCUUGGAAACAUCUGCAGUUGGUUCGUAGUUAACUCCUUCGGUCGACGCAAGAUCUUCCUCUCUGGUAUGGGUGCCCUCACAGUCCUCUUGUUCCUCAUUGGUAUCAUGGAUGUGGUCCCUACCGGUGCUGCCAAAUGGGUUCAGGCUGCUUGCACUGUCAUCUACGCCUACGUUUACUUUGCUACUGUCGGAGCUAUGGCCUUUGCCGUCUUGGGUGAAACUGCCUCUUUGGCUCUGAAGGCCAAGACCAUGGCGCUGGCUACUGCUACGCAGUCUGUUAUGGGUGUCGCUAUGAACUUUGCCAUUCCGUACAUGGUCAACCCUGAUCAGGGCAAUCUCAAGGGCAAGGUUGGUUUCAUCUUCGGUGGACUUGGCCUCAUUGGCUUUAUCUGGAGCUGGGUCUAUGUUCCCGAGCUUAAGGGCCGACGAUAUGACGAGAUUGAUCACAUGUUCCACAACAAGAUCAGCCCCCGAAAGAUGGGAGAGUACAAGAUGUGA